AUGGCAGACUCCGCCAGCAUCGUCACUGUCCACGAAGAGCAGCCUGCGACUCCCAUACUUUUCUCGAACGAGUUCACCGAUCGGGAGCUGGCAGCGCAGAGGAAAGCCUACAUCAAGAGUUUGGUUGUAGGAUGUUUAUCCAUGGUUGUCCUCAUGUUCAGCGUCUUCUCGAUAUAUUGGGGUGCGCUAUGGAAGCUUCCGGACCAUAAACUACCGGGAUGGGUCGUCGUAGGCUGGUUCUUGUUUUCGUCUACUCCAUGUCUCACCGUUAACUUUCAGGACUUCGACGGGUCGACUAUCGGCAGCACAGUCGCUAAUACGCUUCUUUCUGAUACUGCGUCCACGUCAAGGAUCUCCUGGAAGCAAAUGCCGGCGUCACAUUUCUCGGGGCCGGAUGAAGUGGGUAACUCAGUCGUAGAACAAAGAGUUUGGAUGGCUGUCGUUAUUCAUGCCAACGCCACUUCGACCCUCAAUUCGGCUGCUUCAUCCGUUAACUCGUCCUAUAAUGGUACACAGGCACUUACUGUCUACGCCGACGAAGCUAGGAACGAGAAUGCAUUCCGUUCACUUCUUCGUCCCUAUAUCACAACGACCAUGGAUACGAUUUCGCAGAGCUUUGCCCACACCUUUGCUACACAGCUGGCCAACUCUUCAUCCUCGUCUAUCGCGUCGAUCCUCCAGUCUGCCCCACAAAUAAUCACCCAGCCUGUCAGCUACACCAUCGAUAAUUUGCGGCCAUUCGACGUCCCUGUCGCGAGUGCUAUCACCUUUGUUGGUCUCAUCUACCUACUAGUUUUGUGCUUCUUCAUCGUCAUCAUUGGUUCCGGUGCCCGCCUGGCCUCUGGAAUCGAAAUGAAGCUCACAACCAAGUCGCUUAUUAAAGUCCGCCUGGUUUCAACGUUGGCGCUCUACUUCAUGAUAUCGCUCUUCUACUCUACGGUCAGCCGUGCGUUCCAAGUAAACUUUGACAGAAAAUUCGGCUCUGCUGGCUUCGUGAUCUUUUGGAUGGUCAACUUCGUCGGCAUGCUCUCCGUGGGGCUUGCACUUGAGGCUAUGAUCACGCUCUUGACGCCAAGGUAUAUGCCAUUCUUCAUGAUCACUUGGGUCAUUACCAACGUCGCGGUGUGCUUCAUGCCCAUCGAAGUUCUCCCCCAUUUCUACCGCUACGGCUACGCGUACCCUUUCUACAACGUUUCGGGCGCGAUCCGGACUAUUCUGUUUGGUACGAAAAAUCAACUUGGCCUCCACUUUGGUGUUCUUAUCGCGUGGACGAUCGUUUCACUCUUCACGCUUCCUCUCUUCCAGUGGAAUGCGAGGAGGAUGUUGACGCGUCAAGUGAGCCAGCCCAAGGCCGUGUAA